CCAAGAUCUAUCACCUGUGUCUGGGCUGCUGCGGCCAUGGCUUCCAAGUGCCCCAAGGCCAGCUUCUCCUCCACAUCUUUCAAGGGCCCGGGAGGGGCCGGUGGGGGCUCUGCUCGUGUGUCCACAACCUACUCCAGUCGCUCUUGCAGGCUCCCCAGCCUCUCCCGUGGAGCCUGGAGCUUCUCCUCGUGCUCAGCUGGGCCAGGCAGGAGCAGCUGCAGGGCCUCCGGCUGCCUCCCUGCUCUCUGCCUCCCCUCCGGAGGCUUUGCCACCAGCUACAGCAUGGGUGGGGGCUGGUUCGGGGAGAGCAUCCUCACCAGCAGCGAGAAAGAGACCAUGCAGUGCCUGAACGACCGCCUGGCCAGCUACCUGGAGAAGGUGCGCCAGCUGGAGCAGGAGAAUGCCAGCCUGGAGAACCGCAUCCGGGAGUGGAGUGAACAGCAGGUGCCCUAUCUGUGCCCCGACUACCGGUCCUACUUCCGGACCAUCGAGGAGCUCCAGAAGAAGACCCUGUGCACCAAGUCAGAGAAUGCCAGGCUGGUGGUGCAGAUUGACAAUGCCAAGCUGGCUGCUGAUGAUUUCAGGACCAAGUACGAGAUGGAGUUGUCCAUGCGGCAGCUGGUGGAGUCAGACAUGAAUGGCCUGCGCAGGAUCCUGGAUGAUCUGACCUUGUGUAAAGCUGACCUGGAGGCCCAGGUGGAGUCCUUGAAGGAGGAGCUGCUGUGCCUUAAGAAGAACCACGAGGAGGAAGUGAAUGCACUGCGCUGCCAGCUUGGCGACUGGCUCAGUGUCGAGGUGGAUGCAGCCCCACCUGUUGACCUGAACCGUGUUCUGGAAGAGAUGAGGUGUCAGUAUGAGACCCUGGUGGAGAAUAAUCGCAAGGAUGCUGAAGAUUGGUUCAACACCCAGACUGAGGAGCUAAACCAGCAGGUGGUGUCCAGCUCGGAGCAGCUGCAGUCCUGCCAGGUGGAGAUCACUGAGCUGAGACGCACGGUCAAUGCCCUGGAGAUAGAGCUGCAGGCCCAGCACAGCACGAGAAAUGCUUUGGAGUCCACGCUAACGGAGACCGAGGCCCGCUACAGCUCCCAGCUGUCCCAGCUGCAGCGCAUGAUCACCAGCGUGGAGUCCCAGCUGGCCGAGAUCAGGGGUGACCUGGAGCGGCAGAACCAGGAGUACCAGGUGCUGCUGGACGUGCGGGCCCGGCUGGAGGGUGAGAUCAACACGUACCAGGGGCUGCUGGAGAGCGAGGACUGCAAGCUCCUCUGCACCCCAUGUGCACCUGACCACUCGCCCUCCAAGUCAUGCCUCCCCCGUCUCCCUGCGGCCUCCUGUGGUCCUGGUGCAGCACGCACAGCCUGCAGCCCCCGCCCCAUUUGUGUGCCCUGUCCAAGGGGCCGACUCUGAGAGAGACUGGCCUCAAAAGCCAAGGCCAUUGCCUCCAGGGCUGGAAUUGGCUUUCUAUUCAGCCCUAACCCUAAAGCCCAAUCUCCUUUUUUCAUAUAGAGCCCAGGCCCAGGGCCUGGCCCUGAGAGGGCUUACUGCGAAUACAUGCCUUAAAGUUGCUCAAAGCCUGUCACUAAGGUUGGCUGCCCCUGAAGGCCUCAACUCCUCAUCAUUUCAGUGGUGGUCCAGGGUCUCUCUUCUCAGACUGCCUCAUGGGUCAGGCUUUCCUUUGGGUGCUGCUGCAGUGGGUUCUAAAAUGCAGUAGAGGGCUUCUGCUGGUGGAACAAUAAAGUUCAUUUGC